AUGUCUGUUCCAGAAUGCGAAAUGACGCCCCUGGCGUUUCCACCGCGAAAGCUUGUCCAGAUGGCUGGCUUGUCAGACUAUCGCACCUGCUGGAUGGAAAGCUCUCUGGAUGCAUUUCUCGAUUCUUCCACGGACGAGAUGCUGCGCCAAUUUACGCUGGCGUGUCAGUCUCAGUCCUUUGCCGAGCGAUGUGCUUUCUUGGGAUACCCCGAAGUCAUUUUCCAUCCCAAUCAUUACUGGAAAAGGAAUGCAAUGCGGCGUGGGAGUGGAUUCCACAAGUUUUCCAGUGCGUUGGACGAGGCAAAGAAAGGGAACCAGAAGCAGCGACUGGGCUUGGUCUUUCAUGGUACACCCACAGACAACAUUGCUUCCAUUCUCCAAGACGGAUUGGAUGAGAAUCGCCGGAUGGGACAGCACUACGGACCAGGUGAAUACUUUGCGAGACUCCCUGGACAUGCCGAGCACUACACGCGAGGAGGCUUGGAAAUUAUGGUCUUUGUCGUCAUACUGCCUCCUGUCAAGACACCGGAAGAAGAGGAGGAAGAAGAUGGAAAGAAGAGGAGGAAAUGUCCCAGCGACUACGUGGUUAUAGAAAACAACAAUCAUCACAUUGCCAUUGGAACCCUCCAGUUUCAAAGUGCCAAAGCCGUGGUUUCGAGACCCUCUUUGAGUCGAGGGUACCACAAAAGGCGCUGUGCAGGACUGAACAAACAGAUUGAACAAACAGAGCCAGGAAGAAAACGAGAACGAUGCUGCAAGGGAACCAUCAUUCAAGAACUUUUGAUUGAUUCUCCCGUUGUCGCCGCCACACUCUACAAGAAGUGGAGGGAUCCAAUGGGACUCGAGGAAGCGAUGAAUCGCCGUCAACGAACGUUGAGUGCGGCUGCCGAACCAAACCCAGAGCAAUUGGAGCAUUUACGGUGUCCGCCUGGUAUCCUCCACACUCCGCCUAACUCUCAGCCCCAACCCAUUGCCACGUACAUCACAAGCGCCGGUCAACGAGCUUUUCGGGUUUCUUCCUCCCAUGGCAUUGCCUAA